AUGACAAAAACAAGGGGGAAGGCUGUUUCAUCAAAGGAGGAAAACAAGAACAACAACAAACGAAAACGCAAAGUAAAAAAGGUUGUUGAAGAGGAGAAUGAUGAUGAUGAACUUGGCCCACCUUCGGAAGAGGAGCAAGCAGAGGAAGAGGAUUUGGAUUAUCAAGAAGAAGAGAAACCUGUCGCAAAGAAAAAGAAAUCAUCCGCCAAGCAAACAAAAUCGGAAAGUGCUAGUGCUCAUAAUACAACGACCUCAUCGAGUAAGAAAAUAACAAAAAUACUUCCCUUCAAAUUAAAAACAGGAUUUAACAAGGGAAAACGCAAAAAGUCUUUCCGUCAAAUUAUAUCGAAACAAGAUCAAACAGCCUCUAAUGAUGAAACAUCGGAAGAAAAUUUUGAAUUAUCUGCAACGAGUGAGGAAUCGGCUGUACCUACUUUAAAUUAUAAUUUUAUUGCAGCAGGCAAUUAUUCCAUGACGUCCCGAAGGAAAUAUUGUGACAUCACUGGUCUUCUCUGUAAAUACACAAAUCCUCACAACAAAAUUCAGUAUCAUUCCUCGUGUUUAACUCCUCUCAUUCAAAACUUAUCGGAACAAAAAAUAGAGCAGUACUUGUCACUAAGAAACAACAUUUAG